GCGGAGCACCCGUCUUGCUCCUUGGUCUCCGGGACGGACGCUCAGACUUCUCGCGUCUUAGCCAAGUUCACUUUCCCGCCUCUCAAACUCUGCGUUCCCUCCACCCCUCGCUCCUUCCCCUCUACUGUCCCCUUCUCUAUCUCCCACGCCGCAGACCCUGAUUCCCCCCUUUCUUUCCCCGGCCCCUUCCCCUCCCCUCUUCUCCUUCGACUUCUGUCCACUUCCACCUCAGAGUCCCCGGAGCGUGCCUAGCUUAGUCGCCUGCUCCCGUUCGGCUCGAAGCCAUGGCGGGACCUGGGGGUUGGAGGGACAAGGAGGUCACGGAUCUGGGCCACUUGCCGGAUCCAACCGGAAUAUUCUCACUGGAUAAAACCAUUGGCCUUGGUACUUAUGGCAGAAUCUAUUUGGGACUCCAUGAAAAGACUGGUGCAUUUACAGCUGUUAAAGUGAUGAAUGCUCGUAAGACCCCUUUACCCGAAAUAGGAAGGCGAGUAAGAGUGAAUAAAUAUCAAAAGUCUGUCGGGUGGAGAUACAGUGAUGAAGAAGAGGAUCUCAGGAUUGAACUCAAUCUUUUGAAGAAGUACUCUUUCCACAAAAACAUUGUGUCCUUCUAUGGUGCAUUUUUCAAGCUGAGCCCCCCUGGCCAGAGGCACCAACUUUGGAUGGUGAUGGAGUUAUGUGCAGCAGGUUCAGUCACUGACGUAGUGAGAAUGACCAGAAAUCAGAGUUUGAAAGAAGACUGGAUUGCUUAUAUCUGCCGAGAAAUCCUCCAGGGCUUAGCUCAUCUUCAUGCACACCGUGUAAUUCACCGGGAUAUCAAAGGUCAGAAUGUGCUACUGACUCAUAAUGCUGAAGUAAAACUAGUGGAUUUUGGAGUGAGUGCCCAGGUGAGCAGAGCUAAUGGGAGAAGAAAUAGCUUCAUUGGGACACCAUACUGGAUGGCACCUGAGGUGAUUGACUGUGACGAGGACCCCAGACGCUCCUAUGAUUACAGAAGUGACGUGUGGUCCGUGGGAAUCACUGCUAUUGAAAUGGCUGAAGGGGCUCCUCCCCUGUGUAACCUUCAGCCUUUGGAAGCUCUCUUUGUUAUUUUGCGAGAAUCUGCUCCCAAAGUUAAAUCCAGCGGAUGGUCCCGCAAGUUCCACAAUUUCAUGGAAAAAUGCAUGAUAAAGAAUUUCCUAUUUCGUCCUACUUCUGCAAACAUGCUUCAUCACCCAUUUGUUCGGAAUAUAAAAAAUGAAGGACAUGUUGUUGAGUCAUUAAAGAAGCAUCUUACCGGAAUCAUUAAAAAGAGACAGAAAAAAGGAAUACCUCUGAUCUUUGAAAGAGAAGAAGCAAUUAAGGAGCAGUACACCAUGAGAAGAUUCAGGGGACCUUCCUGCACUCAUGAGCUUCUGAGACUGCCUACCAGUAGUAGAUGCAGACCACUUAGAGUCCUGCAUGGAGAACCUUCUCAGCCAAGGUGGUUACCUGAUCGAGAAGAGCCACAGGUUAAGGCACUUCAGCACCUGCAGGGAGCAGCCAGGGUGUUUAUGCCACUACAGGCUCAGGACAGUGCACCUAGGCCUCUACAGGGGCAAGCCCAGGCACAUCAGAGACUACAGGGGGCAGCUCGGGUGUUCAUGCCACUACAGGCUCAGGUUAAGGCUAAGGCAUCUAGGCCCCUGCAAAUGCAGAUGAAGGCACCUCCACGACCUCGGAGGACAGCCUGGAUGCUGAUGCCACUACAGGCUCAGGUUAAGGCCCCUAGGCCUCUACAAGUACUGGCCCAGAUACCCAGAGAGCAGCAGGCUCAGACCCAGCCCCAGGCAUCAGGAGAGCCACAGGAUCUGGACCAGGUACCAGAGGAAUUUCGUGGGCAUGAUCAGGUACCUGAGCAGCAGCAGAGGCAGGGGCGGGUCCCUGAACAACAGCAAAGGCAGAACCAGGUACCUGAACAGCAGCUGGAGCAGAACGGGAUACCUGAACAGCCAGAGGUGCAGGAACAGGCUGCUGAGCCUACACAGGCAGAGACUGAGGCAGAGGAGCCAGAGUCAUUACGAAUACAUGCCCAGGUGUUCCUGCCCUUACUGUCACAGAAUCACCACGUGCUGUUGCCACUACAUUUGGAUACUCAGGUGCUCAUUCCGGUAGAGGGGCAAACUGAAAGGUCACUUCAGGCACAGGCCUGGGCACUAGAGCCCACACAGGCAGUUGGCUCAGUUCAAGCACUGAUAGAGGGACUAUCGAGAGACUUACUUCAAGCACCAAACUCACAUAACUCGAAGCCACUCGGUCCACUGCAAACCCUGAUGGAAAACCUGUCAUCAGACAUGUUUUACUCUCAACCAGAACAAGCACGGAAGAAAAAAUCAAAAGUUUCCAGUCUAAGGCAAGCAUUGGCAAAAAGACUAUCACCAAAGAGGUUCCGGGCAAAGUUGUCACGGAGACCCGAAGAGUUUGAGCUCUCAGAUUUAGAAGCCCACAGGCGAAGGCACCAGCGCAGAUGGGAGGAUAUCUUUAGUCCACAUGAAGAAGACUUGAGACAAGUUGCAAAUGACAAAGAAGAUGAAUCAUCAGAUAAUGAUGAAGUAUUUCAUUCAAUUCAGGCUGAAGUUCAAAUAGAACCAUUGCAACCAUACAUUCCAAAUCAUAAAGAAAACGAAGUCCAAGAGAUAUCUGCUUCUGUGCCUUACAACCAGGAUCGUGUACAUCAUGUCAAGUUCUCUUCAAUUGUUCCUCAGCGGUCUCUUUUGGAACAAGCUCAGAAGCCCAUUGACAUCAGACAAAGGAGUUCGCAAAAUCCUCAAAAUUGCCCAGCAGCAUCAGAAUCUUCUUCUGAGGAACAGAGUCCCGUGACCAGGAGGAGAUCCCAGUCAUCACCACCUUAUUCUACUAUUGAUCAGAAGUUGCUGAUUGACGUCCAUGUUCCAGACGGAUUUAAAGUAGGAAAAAUAUCACCCCCCGUUUACUUGACAAAUGAAUGGGUAGGCUAUAAUGCACUCUCUGAAAUCUUCCGGAAUGAUUGGUUAACUCCCGAACCUGUCAUUCAGCCACCUGAAGAGGAUGGUGAUUAUGUUGAACUCUAUGAUGCUGGUGCUGAUACUGAUGAUGAUGAUGACGAUUCUAAUGAUGCUUAUGAAGAUACCUACGACCAUGACAAUGGCAGUGAUGACUUGGACAAUCAGGUUGAUCAGGCUCAUAGUGUUGGUGAAGACCAUGAUGUUGAAAACAAUGAUGAUAUCGUUGAUGACAAAGGCAAUAAUCCUGAUGAUGCUCCUAGCUGGCCAAGGCCAGGCUAUGGCAGAGAUGGUAGCUGCAAGCAAGAUGGCAAAUAUGGAAGUUAUAGAAGAGAAGGAACUUUCAGCAAUUAUGGAAGCCAAGGAGCUAGUAGAAUCCACAGAGAAAGUGCAGCCAGUGGAAACAGUGCAGACAUUGGAGACUAUGAAGGACACAGAGCCAGUAUAGGUAGUGGAAGAAGAGGCAAGGAGGGUAAUGGAAAUGAUGGAAUUAGUGGAACCAAUGAAGAGAGUAAAGCCCUUGAACUCAAUGGACAAGAAAAUUGCUCAGAGACAGAUGAUCCAGUAUUAGAGAGACCAGCAUCCCAGGAAUUUGAACAUCAGCCAGAGGGGUCUGGUCUUAGAAGAGAGGCCUCAAAUGCCAUUGCCUCAGGCGCUGCACCCAUAGCACCUGAUGAUGAGAAUAACAGUAUAGACAUAUCAGAAGUAUCAGCAGAAUCGGGUUUUUCUGCCAGCCAUUCAUCUCCUUCCAACGGUUCUGAAAGAGCUGCAAAUGCUGACUUUGCUGGUGCCAUCUUAUAUGCUGGAUUUGUGGAAGUACCUGAGAAAUCACCUAAGCGACCAUCUGAAGUCAACGUUAACCCACUAUAUGUCUCUCCUGAAUGUAAAAAGCCACUAAUCCACAUGUAUGAAAAGGAAUUCACUUCUGAGAUCUGCUGUGGUUCUUUGUGGGGAGUGAAUUUGCUGUUAGGAACUCGAUCAAAUCUGUAUCUGAUGGACAGAAGUGGAAAGGCGGACAUUACUAAACUUAUAAAGCGAAGACCAUUUCGUCAAAUUCAAGUUGUAGAGCCACUCAAUUUGCUGAUUACUAUCUCAGGCCAUAAGAACAGGCUUCGGGUAUAUCAUUUGACUUGGCUGAGGAACAAGAUUUUGAAUGAUGAUCCAGAGAGUAAAAGAAGACAAGAGGAGAUGUUAAAGACAGAGGAAGCCUAUAAAGCUAUUGACAAGUUGACAGGCUGUGAACACUUCAGUGUCCUCCAACAUGAAGAAACAACAUAUAUUGCAAUUGCUUUGAAAUCAUCAAUUCACCUGUAUGCAUGGGCACCAAAGUCCUUUGAUGAAAGCACUGCUAUUAAAGUGAUGUGCAUUGAUCAAUCAGCAGACUCCGAAGAAGACUACAUGUCCUAUGAAGCCUAUAUACGAAUACUGGCAAAAAUACAGGCAGCUGAUCCAGCAAACCGAUUUAAGAGACCAGAUGAGCUCCUUCAUUUGCUGAAGCUCAAGGUGUUUCCAACACUUGGUCAUAAGCCAGUGACAGUUGACCUGGCUAUUGGUUCUGAGAAAAGACUAAAGAUUUUCUUCAGCUCAGCAGAUGGAUAUCACAUCAUUGAUGCAGAAUCUGAGGUUAUGUCUGAUGUGACCCUGCCAAAUAACCCCCUGGAAAUCAUUAUACCACAGAAUAUCAUCAUUUUACCUGAUUCCUUGGGAAUUGGCAUGAUGCUCACCUUCAAUGCUGAAGCCCUUUCUAUAGAAGCAAAUGAACAACUCUUCAAGAAGAUCCUGGAAGUAUGGAAAGACAUACCAUCUUCAGUAGCUUAUGAGUGUUCACAACGAACCACAGGAUGGGGCCAAAAGGCCGUUGAAGUCCGCUCUUUGCAAUCAAGGGCUCUGGAAAGUGAACUGAAGCGCAGGUCAAUAAAGAAGCUGAGAUUUCUGUGUACCCGAGGUGACAAGCUGUUCUUUACCUCUAUCCUGCGCAAUCGCCACAGCCGGGUUUAUUUCAUGACCCUUGGAAAACUUGAAGAGCUCCAAAGCACUUACAGUGUUUAAAAGGUUCCAAAUGGUUUAUUAUGACAUUUACAAACAUCGUAAAUAUGCAAUUUGCAUUUUUAAAUUUCUGAGAUUAAAUUAGCAUUCAGUUUUAUUGGUAGGGAAAAAAUAAAUCAGAUACUUUACUUUUAAUGUAGCACAGAAUAGUUUUAAUGAGAAAUGCAGCUUUAUAUAUAAAAUUAACUAUAGCAAGCUCUAUGUACUCCACUGGUGUACAAUGUCUUUUGCACAAACUUUGUAACUUUUGUUACUGUGAACUCAAACAUUACUCUUUGGACAGUUUGGACAGUAUCUAUAUUCAGAUUUUACAAUAUGGAGUUAAGAAACCUGUAAUGAAUUAGAUGCCAAGCACCUUUCAAAAGAAAUGGCCCUGAAAGAGGGGUUUUUUUUUGGAAAAAAUUUAAAUAGCAACAAACCAUAUGCAAAUUUGCAAAGUCCUAUAAAGAACCAAAGGUUAGAUUAUGAAAUGAAAAUAAUAAGAGUUGGUCAUAAACCAGACUAAGGCUAAACAACCUGCAUGCCUGGAGAAAACUGCAGUGAUAAGAGGGAAAAGGUCACCCAUUUCCUCAUUGCUCCAUGACAGUAAAGCUCACAGUUAGAGACCAGUUGUGUUCUUUUCAUCCCUUGUUAAGCUGGUUUUCUCCUCAUAAGAAAGGAAGAAAGCCUCAGAUGCUUGACUUUCCUCAGAAACCCCAAAGACGUGCAAUAGCUGUUUUAUAAAACCACCAAAUAAUACACUUGCAAGCCUGAAUACAGGACUGAACUCCUAUACACAUGUACUGUAGAAUGAGUUGUGUUUGUUUUUUUUUUUUUUUUUUUAGUACUUAAAGUAGGCGUCAAAUUCUACCCCCAAAAGCAGAUUGGUUGAUUUAUCAAAAUGCUCAUCUGGCCAACAGUGUGACCAUCAGACAGCAUUAAAUAUCUUCUGUUGUAUCCCAGAUUAAACUAUAUAAAAAUUCCCUCCAAUUAUUAAACAAAAAACAGUGAAAUUUAACAACAAAAAGCUUUGGCUGCUAAUACCUGUGUCUUUCAUGUUUCUAUUUCUGUAAAUAGCAACAAACCAUAUGCAAAUUUGGUGCAUAUGGUGCAUUUGGUGCAUAAUCUAAAGGUGAUAAGUCCACUUGUGGGGACUUAAUGUAAUAGGUUAAAAGAAGAUUUUGAAAAAAAAAAACAACUUUCAUCAAAUACCUAGGUCUACAAAUUUAUAGUAGUGAAAAUUGUGGUAGACCAUCACCCCAACAUGUUAUAGACGCCAUAGAUGGGUGGCGUUUGGUCACCAAUGGUAAGUGCUACCUGGUGAAAAGCAUAAUUUCUGCAUAUCCAUCCUCAAUACCAUGGUUAGUUCUGGGGCAGCAGAGAAGCAACAGAGCUACCACAAAGUAUACCUCAGUAUAAUUCCUCUAGUUCUGCUUCUAAAAUCUGAAGGCAGUGCUAGUGGGAUAAUAAUUUUCAAACUACCUGGUUAACCAAAAUACAAAAGCAGCUGACUAUGUGUGAUUUUGUGAUAGCACAUUAUUUCUUGGCACCUUGGUGCCAGGAAUGAUGAUUUGGAUUUUCCUAACAACUUAUAUCAAGAAUGUAGUAGCUCAAUAAUGAGAAUUUAGGAGAACCUGAAUCCAUGAAUUUGAAAAAUAAAUGUGAUUCACAUUUCUGUUACUGUGACACAAUAAUGUGAUCUUUAAACUGGCUUAUCCUUGAGUGUUUACAACUCGAAUGACUUUUUAAAUGCAAUAGUUUAAAGAGAAAACAAACUUUUAUGUCAAAUUAUUUCCUUAGAAGUAGUCUUCAUUAUUAUAAAUUUGUACACCAAAAAGGCGAUGGGGAACUUUGUGCAAGAACCUCAUCACUGAGCAAAUGGAGCUUGCUAUGUUUGAAUUUCAGAAAAUUUUCUCAUUUAUGUAGCAUGUAGAAUCAAGUCUUUUAAGAAUUCAUUUCUUCUUCAUAAUAUUUACUCAAAGUUAAGGUUCAAAAAUAAGUUUUAUUUUAAAAUCAUAUUUUAACACAGUAAGACAGUAAACUAUUUUAGGAAGUCAACUCCCAUAGUGCUCUGUGGCUGUUAUUCUACUAAACCUACACAAUAGCGAACCACAUCUACAGAAACGUCUCAAAGUAAACAAGCAAGAGAGAGUUUGAAUGUGUAAUUGAGCAUUAAAUGAUAAGAUGCUAAUGAGGAGAGGAAGCUGGGCACAUAUUAAGAAAGAAGAUUGAAGUGCUGUAUAGCCAACUAGGACUGAAAAUAUUUAAAGUGGUUUGUAGGUAAUGAAUAUUUCAAAUUCAGAUGUUAAUCCAUCUGGAAUUUUAAUAUCCUUUGCAAGCUGAAACAAGAAAAGUGAAGGGACAAUUAAAUCUCAUAGUCAGUGCACAGUAAUAGAAGAAAUUAUAACUAUACCUCAUCUUGUAGCAGUAGCACCUGGAAGCCGUGACCCAUCACAGAAGUGUUGAGAGGGAUUCUUGAAAAGAAAAAUUCCCUAGUCCUGUGACUUGAAGCAUGAAAGUUCUGGCACGUUCUGAGUAACAUUGGGAGAGAGUACAGUUUUAUUUUAGUCUAGUUUUCUUACCAAAGCCCUUGUCCAAAAUAACAUGCAUUAUUGGAAAUAUUCAAAAACUAGAAAAUGAUUUAUGCAAAGGGCUGACAAGAAAAGUUCAGCAUGAUUAGGUCUCUUGAAGUAAGGUAAGAGUCUCAGAGGAAACAGCAAGAGAGGAUAAACAUUAAAGUAGUAAAAUAGGCAAAGCAGAAUCCACAUGUGUGCACACACACAAAAUCUAUUAGAAUGCAUAAAUUUAAAUAUUUUCAGUGCUACAGUUUCUAGAUAAAGUAAUCACUAAGUGUUUUCUGCAAGGACUCAUUUAAUUAUACAGUAUCCAUAAAACUAGGAAUAAUGCCACAUGAAUUCAAUGGGAUCUUUUAAGUACUCUUCAAUUCUUUUCAAAGCUGUGCUAUUUAAAUUGAUUUGUAUUCAAUCUUCUCUAACUUUAAAAUUAUUGAAAUAAUCUUUGAGACUGCUAAUUGUUUCAUCAGAAAUUCUGCAGUGA